AUGGCGCUCAUCGCUCCUGCCGUGCAGAUUAUCUCGAAAGUACUGUUUUAUCGAAAGUUCUUUGAAACGUUGAUAUACUUCAAUGCAGUGGCACUUGUCUGCAGUAAGAGGAUCGAUGAGUUUUUGCAAGCUGAUGAGUUAGUUCGGCAAAAGCAGAACAUCGAAGACGAGAUGGUUCCGAUUACACUAGACAACUGUUUCUUUUCGUGGGGCAAAGAGAAGGAGCACCUUAAAGAUAUAACAUUGAAGGUUCUGCAAGGAGAAUUUCAUGCUAUUGUCGGAUCUCUUGGUAGCGGAAAAUCGUCUUUAUUGUCGGCAAUUCUUGGAGAAAUGACGCAGCUGGAUGGUACUAGGAAAAUUUGUGGCACAAUCGCUUAUGUGCCACAAACUGCGUGGAUACUGAAUCAAACGGUGCGGGCCAAUAUACUCUAUGGUAUGGACUACGACAGGAAUAAAUACGAUCGGGUAUGGUUCAUUAAAGUGGCGCUCAUAGUGCAGUACAAGGUGCCCUUCGCUGCUUGUUAA